AUUCACUGGAACUUCACUCUCGUCCGACCACGAUGAGGCCCACUGCUUCCCGUCUACUCAAUAUCCUUGUUCCUGUCAAACGGUCUGAUAGACUUUUAGACGAUUGACUAUGCAGUCAAGAUCCGGGUGAACCCCGACCAGAAGGGUGUGGACCUCAAUGUCAAACAUUCGAUGAACCCGUUCGAUGAGAUUGCUGUUGAGGAGGCCGUUAGACUUCGAGAGAAGCUCAAGGAUGCUGUCAAGUCUAUCAAAGUCGUCACAAUAGGCGGAACUAAGUCGCAGGAGACACUCCGAACUGCACUUGCCAUGGGUGCCGACUCGGGCAUUCAUGUCAGUCUUGCAGACUCUGAUCCAACACCAGAACCCCUUGGCGUUGCAAAAGCACUUCGAGCCGUGAUUGAGAGGGAGAAGGCGAAGACUCCCGUGGACCUGGUAAUUUUGGGCAAACAGGCUAUUGAUGAUGACUCGAGUCAGACUGGACAAAUGUUGGCGGGCUUGUUGAAUUGGCCUCAGGCCACGUUCGCAAGUAAGCUCGUCGUGGAUGCGGAGAAGAAGGAAGCGAAUGUGACGAGGGAGAUUGAUGGGGGUCUUGAGGAAUUGAAGUGUCGAUUGCCACUUGUGGUGACUACAGACCUUCGGCUCAACGAGCCACGUUACGCCUCCCUUCCAAACAUCAUGAAGGCAAAGAAGAAACCCAUUGAGAAAAUUACACCAGCUGACCUCGGCGUUGACCUCGCCCCACGUCUGGAGACUUUGAAGGUGGCAGAGCCACCAAAGCGUGUAGGCGGUGGAAAGGUCGAGAAUGUCGAUCAGCUCAUCGAGAAACUGAAGGAAGCUGGUAUCACCGCCGUGAAAGCGUGAUAUGGUGUUUGUACAUUCGUAUGAAUACUCAAUGCAUAAUCCUGCAGCAUCGUACUGGAGGUAAAAGGUAGAAUACACGUCCUUGAAAAGGAAGUUUGCAUCCUCAAUUCAACCCCCCUUGUCUCGUACUGGCAGAUCUAAAAUUAGCUUUAAACUCAAGGUUCUAAAUGCGGAUUUCAUAUGCUUGAACAUCUUACGUCCGUACCUUUGUCCGUACUCCGAUGUCGCCAUCGGUCGAGUCACUACUCGUUUUCAUUUCAAGCCGAAUUAUCAGCGUAUGCUUCGCAGAC